CCCUCUGAGAGUCCACUUCAGACGGUUCCACGGCUAACGGGGGGAUUACCGUUGACAUCGCUGGCGCUCUUUGUCCAGGACCCACCUGCCUGUGAUCUACCCACAUCAUCACUGGACAAGCUAGAAAGAAAGAGAUCAGCAAAUAGUUCAUCUCUAAUGAUGAAGCAGUCUGCAUGGAGGACGAUGACUGGGCCAGAGCUGGGGAUGAGCCUCUUCACUUUGGCCCUCACCCUCAGCCUUACCAUGGCUGAAAACAUGGAUCAGAGGCCUUCACUCAGAGCCAGCUCAGUUCUUCACAGGCAAAAGAGGGAUUGGGUGUGGAACUCCCUUUACAUAGAGGAGGAAAAGCCUGCCGACAGCCCAAACUAUGUUGGAAAGUUAAAGUCAACUAAGUCUGGUGGCGACACACACUACGUCAUUGACGGAGAAGGUGCCAAUACAAUCUUCAAAGUGGAUCAAAAAGGGGACAUCUAUGCCUAUGAGAGACUGGAUCGAGAGGUUAAAAGCAAUUACCGUCUAAGGGCUCAGCUUUUUGACAGCAGCGACAACUUGCUGGAGAAAGUGGAAGAGUUUGUGAUCCAGGUUAAUGACAUUAAUGACAACGACCCAGUGUUCACCAAAACAUUCAACGCUUCAAUCAAAGAGAGAUCCAAAAGAGGAACUAAAGUCAUUGAAGUCACUGCAACAGAUGCAGAUGACCCAACGACUGCUAAUGGAGAACUUGCCUACAAGUUGUUAGAAGGAGGAAAUUUCUUCAAUAUAGAUAGCACAAAAGGUGUCAUCACCACCAAGUAUGAGAACCUGGAUCGUGAGACCCAGGGUAGCUAUGUGGUUGUGGUUCAAGCCCAAGAUUUGAGAGGAAUUAAACAAGGGGGCACCGCCACCACCUCUGUCACCAUCACAGUCAGCGAUAUCAACGAUAACAUGGUCUCAUUCACCAAAGGCUCCUAUGAAUUUACAGUGAAAGAGGACAUGAAGCCAGGACAAAGAAUAGACACAGUAGUCCUGGAAGACAGAGAUGAGAUCCAGAAUAAAGACCCCAAAUUCAACUUGGAAGCAUUCCGUGACGUCUUUGCAAUAGAAAGUAGUCAGACCAAAGACGCCAACCUCAUUCUGAAAAAGGGACUUGACUAUGAAACCAAGAGCAGCUACACCUUCUCUGUGGAUGUGACGGAGAACAACUUGCAACACCCUGCGGAUAAUAAGGCUCAGGCUGUCACCAAGGCCCAGGUGACCAUUCACGUGCUAGAUGUUGAUGAGAAGCCAGAAUUCAGCAAGAGCUCCUACAACUUCAAUGUAAUGGAGGAGAUGAUGGUCAAUAAUAUUGGAAUGGUUUCAGCCAGAGAUCCUGAUAAAUCCAACAAAAGCAUACGGUACUUCAUUGUGGACAAGGACAGUCCCAUUGGUAUCAACACCAUAACUGGUCAACUGUUCACAGUCAGGAAGUUGGAUCGGGAGCUUGUACCCAAUCACAUAGUCCAGGUUAAAGCAAAGGAGGAACCAGAUGGACUGGAAUCUUUUGUGAAUGUCAAGAUAAUGGUCACUGACGUCAACGACAACGAACCAGAGCUGUUCACUGAAGAGAUCUACGUCUGUGAGAAUGAUAUGGCUGGCACGAUAAUUGGGAUAGUCAAAGCCACUGACAAAGACGAUCAAUUGCCCACAUUCAGCUUCACAUUGGUCAACCCGAGCGUCAACUUCUCAGUCAUAAAUAACGAUGACAACACAGCCAGGGUCGUUCUGAAACAGGGAGGCUUCAGCCUGGAAGACCCAAGGGAUUACUCAAUAGAGAUUGGGAUCUCCGACGGAGGCACUCCGCCCCUGAGCAGCACCACCCAUCUGCCAAUCAAUGUGUGCCGGUGUGACAACAAGAGGAGCCACACCCAGUGCAAAGCAGCCAAACGUCAAGUGGGCGUCAGUGUCCACGCCCUGAUCGCUAUACUGUUGUGUAUCCUGACUAUUCUGGUCAUAGUAAUUCUGAUCGUCAUGAGAAAGCGUUACCAGAAGGACACCCUGGUCACCCUUGGUAAGAGUGAGAUCCACGAGCAGCUGGUGACGUACGACGAGGAGGGUGGCGGGGAGAUGGACACCAACGGCUAUGACGUGUCCAUCCUAACCUCAGCUCGGAACGACGGCAGCAUGAGCAUGAGGCAGGGCCCCAGCCUUUACGCCGUGGUGAAGAAACCACCACAGAGCGCGUGCAAAGGAGACAUGGCCAUGAUGAUUGACGUGAAGAAAGACGAGGCCGACCAUGAUCGAGAUGGGAUCCCCUACGAUACUUUGCACAUCUACGGCUACGAGGGGCCGGAGUCCCUAGCUGGUAGUCUCAGUUCACUGGAUAGUUCCUCCACUGGAUCAAACCUUGACUACGACUUCCUAAAUGACUGGGGUCCUCGCUUCAGAACCCUGGCUGAGCUCUACGGGGUGGAUGGGUCUGAUGGAAGUGACUCACCAUAUUGAGCACACAGAAGCCUAAAGACCAGGAGUCCCUCAGCUCAAUCUUCCUCUGGCCAAAAACACAUCUGGAUUAUUUUCUUCCACUAAUCUGUCCAAUCAUAGCACACUAUGAUAAGGUCCACUCAAGCCUGUGCCAAUUUUAAGUAAUUAUCCUCUUCUGCUAUUCCCUCCUCUUAAUGCUCCUUUUCUGAUUUUGAUAAUACUUCUUUAAGAGAACUGAGAAUGACAUUUUCAUUUAAUUAAUUUGUAAAGGGGGUGAUAAAGGGAAAUUUGUUGUCCACAACUGUGCUUCAUUUAUUUGAUUCUUUAUUGGGAAUUGAGAAAGAAAAAUCAAAUUAUUUUGGUCACAGAAACGUGUGCUUUUUAAAUUUCUAAUCAUGAUUUUUCUCUUCAGUUGACUAUACCAGCUGUAUAUCUAUUUAGUGAGUGGUGAGUUAUUAAAUGAAUCACAGUGGUGGACUGUCUUGUCUUUCAGUCAGUGUCACACUUGUCAUCGGGAGCUACUGUUACCCAGGGAGCCCGGCAGGAAACAAUGAUAACAAAAGGUCUGAAAGAAUUGAAGUCUAUUCAGAGUUUAUUUGACAGAACUCAUCAACACAUCAAUUGAUGUGGACAAAGCCUAAGUCUCUGAGGUCCACUAUAACAGAAGUAUUACAGUCAACUCAGGAAAUGUGAAGUAGUUGAAUAGUGAAAUGACAACAAUUGUCUGAAUAACUUUAACCUUUACUCCUAGAGCUACAGAUACCAUGCAUCAUGUAGCGGGAACAUCUGUCACAAAUACUUAUUGACACAACAACACAACAGCAAAGGUUUAACCCUGUUUUCAUUGGGUUUUUCGGUCUGUUGUAUAUUGAAGUUUGCCCUUCUUGGGACUACUUGUCAUAAACCAUGGAUACAAUAUGUGGAAACCAUCUUACCAUUUUCCUGGUUGGAUCAUAUACAAGGAGAGCUGGACCCCAUCCUUUCUUUAAACACACAGCCCCUACAAAUUACCAACAAAAAAUAACACUGGAAUCAACUUCCUGCACAUAUGGGUGUCAGGAAGCCUUCUUCCUGUCCUGUUAUCUUAAGCAACACAUUGUGACCCACUUCCUGUUUUCUUGCCUGGGAAAACAUUCAGACAGGGAAAAAAUAGAUAGAAAACAAUGAAAGAGCCAUGAAGACUUUACCAUCAGGCAACAUUUCACAUCUGUGUCAACCAUCUACCAAAGAUCAGUACGAUGAAAUCUCAGCUUCCACUAGUUUCAGUAGUGCUGGUGAACUGUGCUGUAAUGUUAUGUCCUCAGUACUCCGUUCCUGGAUAACACACCCGCUCCAUUUUGCUUCAUGUUAUUAAUGAUUAUUGUGGUGCUCUGUUAAAUCAUGUGUACACCUCAUGGUUUAUUUUUCUUCACUGGCAAUAAAUAACGUGGCAUACUAAAUCCAAGUUAUUGAGAUUGUGAGUACUGGAAACGUCAUUCUGUCUACACUGUAUAUAGAAAAUGUGCCUCAAUAUUGACUUUUGCCCCAUCCUUUUUUCAUAUUAUUUGAAGAUUAUUCUAUUCAACACGUCUUAAUCUCCAACGUGUAAAAUGUGAUUUUAUUUAAUGUCACUUGUAUUAUAAUUGAUGUAUAAUUGUGCUUUGGUUGAUCCUGUAUGUGUGAAUCUAUCCGUGUAAAUACUGUACACUCUAGUGGGUGUCGGUAUUGAACAAAAGAGAAAUUCCAAUGCAUUCCUUUUGUAUGCGGCUAGAUAAUUUCAUAGGGGAACAAAAUGUGCCUUGGUUUAUGAUGAUUCUCUUGAUGGUGAACACAAUCUUUUCUAUAGUUUGUACCAAUUUUGUAUAUGUAAAAUAAAAUUAACACUCAAAGUCCAAAAAGUGAGCUUUAUUUUUCGCUAAAGUGAAGAGUGGACUAGAUUGUCAUAGUUUGCUUUGAUUCUUGACACAAAUCACAGCCCAUCAUACAUUUUGUUUUCUCUGUUUACUCUAAGAUAAAGAACUGUACCAUAAUGUCUUCCUUACCACCUAAAUUGGUAUCUCAUGUUUGUCAAGUCAUUAGUGUACAUUCAGGUGAUGCUCAGUCUAUAGAUGCUCAGUUUAUAUCUAACAUCAGUAAAUGGGAGGAGUGGGUGUGUGUAAGAUUGUAAUGAUAACAGAGACUAGGAGAAAUGCCUCAAUGAUCACACGCUAGCAAAGUCUAAAGAAAACAGCCAGUAGGGAACUUCCUGAAGCUCCCCAAGUACUCACAUUUUUAAAAGGACCAGAAAGUGUUUUUGAUAUCUGAUGUGUUCCACUGAGCGUUGAGUCAUUACAAUGCCUAGAAAGCUAUGCACCAAAAAUACUUGGAACCGGGUUUAAGAGGAUUUUUAGACUCAGUUGGGAUUUGUAUUAUGGACCGGAUGAAGCUUCCCUGGAGGCUUCAAAAAAUACUGCAUUACAUUUUCUAACGGUCAACAGCCAAGUUGACCUUUACGCUCACUGUGAACAUGGCUUGCUGAUUAUGAUGUAGAAAUAUUCUACAGCACAGGAAGUUCCAGAGG